GAAUGUCUUCAUAUGCGGCUUCAAUGAAUACAUUUGUAGUUCUCAUUUUAUGGCGACAAAUAUCGUUGUUAUUUGAAAGAAGAAGGCAUAAAUAAGAAAAAAACAAAAUGAGUUGGAAUGGCACGAUGAUGUGCGAUGUAAUGCCAACUAUUUCUGAAGACGGUGUUGAUCCUCCACAGGGAUCUAGCACAGAAUCGGGCGAUUUAUCGGGCGCGACUGGUGAUCAGAAUCGUAUAGAGCAGUUGAUGGUGAAUAUGCUUGAUGAACGCGAUAAAUUACUUGAACAGUUGCAAGACGCUCAGCGACGUAUCGACGACCUGCAACAGCAUGUCAAAGAUACCGAACGUGAUAAGGAAAGCCUGCGUAGACAAUUCGAUUUGCAAACUCAGCAUAUGCCUGGAGAAUUGCAGUCACUAACCAAGGAACUGGCUCAGUUGCGUGAGCAGUUAUUAGAAAAAGAUGAAGAAAUUGUAGAGCUGAAAGCAGAGCGGAACAAUACCCGAUUACUCUUAGAACAUUUGGAAUGCUUGGUUUCGCGACAUGAGCGAUCUUUGCGAAUGACGGUAAUGAAGCGACAGGCUCAAAGUCCAGCAGCUGGUGUAAGUAGCGAAGUAGAAGUUUUGAAAGCACUUAAAUCACUGUUUGAACACCACAAAGCAUUGGAUGAAAAAGUCCGUGAACGUUUGCGUGUUGCGAUGGAGCGUGUUGCAACAUUAGAAGAUGAACUAUCGACAAAAGGAGAUGAAAAUUCGUCUCUAAAAGCGAAAUUAGCGAAGCUACUAGCUGAGGUCGAAGAAGCACAUCAGCAACUAAAUGCGUCUCAAAAUGGAAUAACAGCGGAAAAACAGCAGCAGCAAAUUGGGUCAGUUGAAUCUGCAGGAGCUUUGGUUGAAUUACAAGAAACGUGCCAACGGUUGAAACAAGAACUGGCGAACAGUAUGCAGCAAUGUCAGGAACUAAAUAAUCGGAACACAGAAUUAGAAGUUCAACUCACUGCAACGCAGAAAGAAGGCCGAAUGGAGCAGGAGCAAAUCAACAAGCUACAGCAUCAUCUUCAGGAGUUGCAAGCGCAGCGUGAAGAUCAAGAGACACGGAUUUCAACUCUGGAAAGUCGUUACAUGAGUGCACAGCGGGAAGCCACAUGUUUACGUGAUUUGAACGAUAAAUUGGAGCAUCGGCUUGCAAAUAAAGAUGCUGCAGUUCGACUGAACGAAGAGAAAGUACGUAGUUUACAAGAACGCCUUGAAUUGGCCGAAAAGCAGUUGGCUCAAAGUUUGAAAAAAGCAGAAUCACUACCAAGCGUAGAAGCAGAAUUGCAACAACGUAUGGAAGCUCUUACUGCAGCGGAACAAAAGCAACUUAGUGCCGAGGAACAAAUGAAUCGCUUGGCUCGACAAGUUGAGGAGCGCAGCGCAGAAUUGGAGCGUGCUGUGCAACGGGAGAAAAUGAAUGAAGAACAUAACCAACGUUUAUCAUCCACCGUUGACAAACUGUUGAGUGAAUCAAACGACAGGUUACAGUUACACUUGAAGGAGCGUAUGCAAGCCCUUGACGAAAAGAAUCGCUUAACACAACAGCUGGAACAAACAAAGAAAAUCUAUGACCAAUGUGAGCGAACGAAAGAACGUCUACAACGUGAUAACGAAAGUUUGCGGCAGGAAAUCGAAGCACUACGUAAUCAACUUUAUAACGCUCGUACUGCCCAAUAUCAUUUCAGGUUGCACAGUUCGCCUAUGAUAUUGCCUGUAGCAGCGCCAUCUGUAUCUGUAGUACAAUCGCCUUCAGGAUCUGGGGGACCGCCCCCACCUCCUGUUGUGGCUGUUGCACCAUCUACUGGUACAGCAGUUUAUGGUGGAAUGCGCCGCGCACAAAAAGGCAGACUGCAAGCAUUACAAGAAGAUCCAAGCAAAGUGCAAACAUUGAAUGAACAAGAGUGGGAUCGACUGCAGCAAGCGCAUGUGCUUGCUAAUGUACAGCAUGCCUUUUCAUCAUCAUCAUCAAUGAUGGAUAUGACGGGGGGUGGUGGUGGGUCAGCUGCUUGUCCAUCACUCCCAAACACUGCAACAGUGCCUGGUGCUGCAGAUCCACAUACUCUUGCUAAUAUGUUGCAAGAAAGAUUGAAUGCUAUAAAUUCAGAAAUUCGAUUAAUAGAACAAGAGAAAACACAUGCGGAACGUAUCGCUGAACAGUUGGAAAGUCGUGCUACAGCAGUGGCUGCUGCAGCUGCUGCAGUAAAUGAAGAACCACAAGCAUUGUCAGCACAUUCGACACCACGCAAUUCACCUCAGCAGGAUUUUUUGGUUACCAAAUAUAAUACGCUGCCCGCUAAUGCGUCAACAUCGCACAUUCUUGGCGGUGGCGGCGGUGGACCAGUGGAUUCUUCAUACACUCAUCAGUUUGGUGCAGUGGAUGAAAUGACAAAUGGUGUGACAGCUUUUGAUUAUGGAAUGCGUGGUAGAAGGUAUCCAGGUGCAGCGGAUCAAAUGCAACAUUCCUAUACAGGUUAUCUUCUCGAUGAUGAAUGUAGUCCCAGUUUGGGCCCAGCUCCUCCAGGAAUAUUAAUGGACCGACUGUCGCCUACAUCAUCCAUUACAUCUUCACAACAUGGCCACUCGCCCGUUUAUGGAACACCGAGCACUGCAAAAGUGGCAAAGAAGCAACGUUCAACCUCUUCGACAGCAGCGAAGACCCUCGGGCGAUUAUUUAAUAAGAAAGCGAAAAGUAGCAGUUGUGGUAGUAAUUUACGUCAGUUGGCACAAUAUGAGCAAGGCGGAUAUUCGGAUAGUGAAAUGUCAUCAGUAGAGGGCAUCGCUGUUACUGCGGGCGUAGCCACAUCGUCUUCCCUAUUAACGGGUAAAUCAGUGAACGGUGGAGUAAUACUUGGUGCUGCCACAGCUGCUGAUUUUGAUAGAAGAAAAAAGAAGAAGUACGAAUUGCUGGAGGAGGCGAUGAAAGCACGUACUCCUUUUGCCCUGUGGAAUGGACCAACUGUAGUAGCCUGGUUGGAAUUAUGGGUUGGCAUGCCUGCUUGGUAUGUGGCAGCAUGUCGUGCGAAUGUAAAAAGUGGUGCAAUCAUGAGUGCAUUAUCGGAUCAAGAAAUACAGCGUGAAAUAGGCAUCUCAAAUCCAUUGCAUAGGCUGAAAUUACGAUUAGCUAUACAGGAAAUGGUUUCUUUGACUUCUCCGUCGGCACCGCGUACAACACGCUUAACAUUGGCAUUUGGUGAAAUGAAUCACGAAUGGAUCGGUAAUGAAUGGCUGCCCUCAUUAGGUCUGGCGCAGUAUCGGCCAGCAUUUAUGGAAUGUUUAUUGGAUGCUCGGAUGCUGGAGCAUCUCUCCAAACGUGACCUUAGAACGCAUCUCAAAAUGCUCGAUAGUUUCCAUCGUACCAGUUUGCAGUAUGGUAUAAUUUGUUUGAAGAAGCUGAAUUAUGAUAAAAAGGCAUUAAUAGAAAGGCGAAAAGCUUGUGAAAACAUCAGUAGAGAUGUACUAGUAUGGAGUAAUGAUCGCGUGGCACGUUGGGUUGAAGAAAUAGGUCUUGGGGCAUAUGCGGCCCAACUGAAGGAUAGUGGCGUACACGGUGCCCUGAUUGCACUCGAUCACACAUUUGAUGCGCAGAGCCUCGCCUUAUCUCUGCAAAUACCACCACAGGAUUUUUCUGCUCGCCAGUUGUUGGAACAUGCAUUUGAACAAUUGAUAAUAGUUGGUGACUGUCGAAGUAGUACGACAACAUUUGGUACUAGUGGUGCGGAUUGUCGUGGUUCUACUGCAACAGCUAAUGCAGCAGCAAGUGUGGCGUCUACAAAUAUAGUAACAGGAACAGGAAAUUACUCAUCGGUACCCCCGCCAUCACCUCCCAGUUAACUGUGGUUUUGUAUUUCGAUGUCACUGAAUGAUUAAUUAGCAUGCACAGUCUGUGGUAACAGCACAGAAACUUGGUUGAUCAGUCCCGACUCUGCUGUAUACUUGCCGGUUUGCCAUAUCCAAAGUUAGUGUAAGCUAAUUUGGGUUUCGCCGUACGCUCAAGAUCUAGAGGCCUUACACGGAGCAAGAAAAAAGUUAUUUUGCCCAUUUCUUAAGAGAAUUUACUGACUGGAACCGGUACAUUUUCUCCUUAACCUUGUAUGUUUCUUAAACCGGCUAUUUUUCUUUGUUUCUAGGAAAAUACGUUCUAGAACGGUGUUUUAUUUCUAAUGAUGUUUUAAUU